AAGAAAGUCUAAAGGUUUUAGAAGAAAAUCAUCGCCAGUUUUAGUAUCCGCUCGUACAACCACGACAUACCUGUUCUACUUAUGAUAUGGAGUUUUACUUAUACUUUUAGGUCGUGAGACUGAGAUCCACGCACCAAAUCACGAACAAGAUGAGCGCAGGAGGAGAAGCGAUUCGCUUCCUUUUCGCGACGCGCCAAAAGCGUGACCGGGACAAGGCGCCAAAGGUUACUAUACAUGACCAGCACCUACCCACGGAGCUGAUGUGCAGUUUGACCACAGAGUCUGACUUUUCCUGCGGACGCCGCAAGCUGUAUGUUUACGAGCACGUGGCCACGAAAACUAAGCUUUCGAACGUGGCGCAGUUCGCGAAAUUGGUAAGCAAUGGGGUGGGUGCCUUUUUUUUCGGAAAGAGGAGCGAUCAAGGUGGAGGCGGCUCGCGCGCUGCAGAAGCACAACAAGGAGAAGAUGCUACACACAGCAAGGCUCCUGCUCCACCUCCGGGUGCUAGUAGGUACGUGACAAUGUUAAACUGCAAGUAUUUCCUAACGCGCAGAGCAGGCGAAGAAGCCUCGGAAGGAUACAGUCAGAAGGAGCGGCGACGGAUGACUCUAGCAAGGCAGGUGGGGACUUAG